GCAAGACCACCUCUCGUUUCAACAGCGACAAUCAGCUCGCGACAAUUUCUGACAGCUCAGUGCACGUACGCUCGACAUUCAAUUACGAUAUGUGACGUAUUUUGUACAACAGAUAUGGGCGGUAGUGUAUAGCUUAUCUUUAUUUGAGUCACAUGACAAUGAACUGUGCUUCCUUGUUUCCUUAAAUGUGAAAAUGUAGUAAUUUGAGUUUAAACUCGUCCUCGCACGUUCGAGCAUUAUCGUAGAUUCUCGACUGGCGGUAGUGUGUAUCAUACGUUUUUGUCGUUAAUAUUGUACUGCGCGCUGUCCUGGCAAUAGCAUGAAUUGUGUUCAGCAAUCAAUAAAGUGAUUAUCAAACUGAUAUGAGUUUUGUUCUUACUCAUUAAUCUGCACAAGACAGUAGAAAUAAACACGUGUUACACGCUUAAAUAGUAUCUCUAGCUUGAGUUCAUUACUUUAAAAAAUUUCAAAAUUUGCAACAAUUAUCAAGGUCCUCGCUUAAGGGACUGGUACAGACUCAUCCUCUGGUACUACUACACAAGUUUCGAUAGUUAUUCUCCGGCAUUUGUAUACUGCAGACAUAUUUAACUUUGCUCCUUUAUAUUAGUUCAUCCGCUCUGACAAACCAUAUAUUUUAUAUAUUUGUAAAAGAUGGAUCCAGAGAGCUUCAAGGACUGCGCAAAAGAGAUGGCGGAAUAUAUCGCAAACUACUUGGAAAAUAUUAGAGACAGGCGAGUCUUGCCUACGGUGGAGCCAGGAUACAUGAGACCACUCUUGCCAUCUGAAGCACCCCAAACCCCUGAACAAUGGAAGGAUAUAAUGGCCGAUAUCGAAAGAGUAAUAAUGCCAGGCGUUACUCAUUGGCAGAGUCCAAAAUUCCAUGCAUACUUUCCCUCUAUUCAAUCAUAUCCCGCUAUUCUAGCCGAUAUGUUAAUUGGAGGAAUUUCGUGCAUUGGAUUCUCGUGGAUGGCGAGUCCAGCUUGUACUGAACUAGAAAUGAUCACAGUAGAUUGGCUGGGAAAAAUGUUGGGCCUGCCCAAAGAAUUUCUUUUCUGUAGCGGUGGAAAAGGCGGUGGCGUCAUAGAAGGCAGUGCCAGCGAAUCGACUUUGUUAGCGUUAUUAGGAGCGAAGGCUAAAAAGAUCAAGCAAGUUAAAGAACAGCAUCCUGAUUGGACGGAAAACGAGAUUGUCGGUAAACUAGUCGCAUAUUGUUCUUGCCAAGCACAUGCUUCUGUUGAACGCGCUGGACUUAUGGGAGGAAUAAAGUUAAGACAGUUGGAAGUCGAUGAUAAGUACAAGCUGCGGGGCGAUACAUUUGCCGAAGCAAUCAGAAAUGAUAAAGAAAACGGAUUCAUACCGUUUUACGCUGUCGCUGCUUUGGGUACCACGAACACUUGCGCCUUUGAUCGUCUCGAUGAAAUUGGCAUUGUAGCGAAUCGUGAAGACGUUUGGUUGCAUGUGGAUGCUGCUUAUGCAGGAGCUGCUUUUAUUUGUCCGGAAUUCAGAUAUUUAAUGAAAGGUAUUGAAAUGGUAGAUUCUUUCAAUUUUAGCCCUCAUAAAUGGAUGUUAACUAGUUAUGACUGCUCCGUCAUGUGGCUUCAGGAUCCGACAUAUUUGAUAAACGCUUUCAAUGUUGAUCCUUUGUAUCUGAAGCACGAUAUGCAGGGUGCUGCACCGGAUUAUAGGCAUUGGCAGAUUCCACUUGGACGUAGAUUCCGAUCUCUGAAACUUUGGUUCGUACUGAGGCUGUAUGGGGUUGAAAAUCUUCAAAAGUUCAUCAGAUCGCACGUCGCUCAGGCACACGAAUUCGAAGCAUUAGUUCUUUCCGAUCCUCGAUUCCAAAUCAUAGGCGAAGUUGUCAUGGGAUUGGUUUGUUUCCGAUUGAAGGGAUCCAACAAACUCAACGAAGCCUUGCUAAAGAAAAUCAACGAUGCAGGAAACGUCCAUCUCGUUUCAUCGAAAGUUAAGUGCACUAACUUCUUGCGAUUCGUCGUCUGUUCUCGAUUCAGCGAGAGCAAGGAUAUACAGUAUUCAUGGAAAGAGAUCCAAUUGAGAGCAAAUGAGAUACUUGCAGUCUACAAUCGAUUUUGAAGCAAUGGCGCGCUCAGAUAGCUCGCGGUUGCGGAUUGUCUGCGCUUGCCAGUUGCAACAAGUUCUAGUUUUAAGUAUUUUCUUGCACCCAACAGGUAUUAAAGGCCGAUAAUAAAAUAAGCCAAAGUAGUGAAUGAUGAUUAGGGACAGUCUUAAAUAGUCGUUAAAAAUUGUUGCAAGCGACAAUCAGCUUGCGACAAUUUUUAACGACAGCUCAGUGUACGUACGCUCGACAUUCAAUUACGAUAUGUGACGUAUUUUGUUGAACAGACCUGGGCGGUAGUGUAUAGUUUAUCUUUAUUUGAGCUACAUAACAAUGAGCUAUGCUUCCUUGUUUCCUUAAAUUUCAAAAUGUAGUAAUUAGAGUUUCCACUCGUCCUCGCACGUUCGAGCAUUAUCGUAGAUUCUCGACUGGCGGUAGUGUGUAUCAUACGUUUUUGACGGUAAUAUUGUACUGCGCGCUGUCCUGGCAAUAGCAUGAAUUGUGUUCAGCAAUCAAUAAAGUGAUUAUCAAACC